AUGUUUUCAGCUGCCCCUAGUAAGAAGAAAUCAGGUGCAUUACAGCCGUUUAGGCGUGGCCAAUCACCGAUGAACCUGAAAAUGAAAGCUACUGAUAAACCAGAAAGUGAAACUCUGAGGAAACUUCAAAGUUUUAAGCAAUUUGACACUAAUCCAAAGAAUUGGGCUAAAAAAAUCCAGGAAGAGUGGAGGAUUUUGGAGAAGCAUUUGCCGGAUACAAUAUUUGUGAGAGUCUACGAAUCAAGGAUGGAUCUCAUGAGAGCUGUGAUUAUUGGAGCACAAGGGACUCCUUACCAUGAUGGUCUUUUCUUUUUUGAUUUAUACUUUCCCCCUGAAUAUCCCGAUGAACCCCCGCAACUCGACUACCACUCUGGUGGUCUUGGGCUCAAUCCAAAUUUGUAUGAAAAUGGCUAUGUAUGCCUCAGUCUACUUAACACCUGGGUUGGCGACGACGAUGAGAUGUGGACUCCAGGUGUUUCGACAAUGCAUCAGGUUCUCGUCUCCAUACAAGGUCUAAUCUUGAAUGCAAAGCCUUACUUUAAUGAGUCUGGAUUUUUAGACGGUAUUGGCCCACGAGAUGGUGAAAAUAGGAGGCUCUGCGGUAUAAUGAGGAUAUGUUCAUUCUAUCAGUGAGGACAAUGACGUAUAUGAUAAGAAGUUCUCCUAAGAAUUUUAAAGACCUUGUUAUGGGCCAUUUCUACAACAGAGCACAUCAUAUUCUAGGUUUAUGUAAAGCAUACAUGGAAGGUGUUCAAGUUGGUUGUUUCGACAAAGGCAGGGUUCAAAAUGUUAACAAGGGUAAAGGAAGGUGCUCAUCUACAUUUAAGGCUGGUUUAGUUGGGUGUGUGAAAACUCUUGUCCAAGAGUUUGAAAAAAUUUGAGUCAAGGACUGUGAGAAAUUCACGUCUCUGCCGGCACCGACCCGCUGGAAGUGAUUGGCUUAUCAAGGAACAUUCGUUUUCAAAACCCAAUUUCUAGACUAUGAUAUUAAGAGCUUAUUACAUUAACUGCAUGCAAGUUUUUGUUUUUAACAUUCAGUUAAA